CUCGCCGCCUUUUUCUUCCUCUCCAAAAAUAAAUAACCCUAAGCCACCACCCAGCCGCCGCCGGAGAGAAGCGACGAGAUGAAGUACAACCCGAGAGUGUCGAGCUCCCGGCGGAAGUGCCGGAAGGCGCACUUCACGGCGCCGUCGAGCGUCCGGCGGGUGCUGAUGAGCGCGCCCCUCUCGUCGGAUCUCCGCAACAAGUACAACGUUCGGUCGGUUCCCGUCCGCAAGGACGACGAGGUCCAGGUCGUGCGUGGCACCUACAAGGGCCGGGAGGGCAAGGUCGUGCAGGUCUACCGCAAGAAGUGGGUCAUCCACGUUGAGCGCAUCACCCGUGAGAAGGUGAACGGAUCCACCGUCAACGUCGGCAUCAACCCCUCCAAGGUUGUCGUCACCAAGCUCAAGCUCGACAAGGACCGCAAGGCCCUCCUCGACCGCAAGGCCCGCGGCCGCGCCGCCGACAAGGCCAAGGGCAAGUUCUCUGCCGACGAGGUCGCGGCGGCGGCGGCGGCCCCCUCCCUACAAGAGGUCGACUAAUCAUGCGGUUCGUCAUAGUAGUAGAUCUGUCGGAUCUCGUUCUUUUUCUGCGUGUCCAGUUAUCAUCAUUUAGGGUUCUUGCUUUAAUUAUUAUUAUGGGAGAUUUUAGCUCUGAUAUGGAAAAAAAAAAAGGGAGUCAAGUUUUAAACUCUGUGGCUAUUUUUCUUCUAUAUCAUGUGGUGGAUCAAAACGAUGAUGUCUUUUGUCCCUCUUAUUAUGGUUAGAGCUUACUCGGAUUUUAAUUUAAUGGUUUAGAUCCGAACUUCUACUCUGGAUCAAGGACCUAUAUGGUUUGUUUGCAUUAAA